UUCAGUCAUAAAGAUUUCUAUCAACUUCAUCAGGUUUGAAAAGUAAUCCGUGUGGCUGAAGAGUUUAAAGUAUAUGAUGUAAUUUAUUUUUAGUUUCAACCACGUCAACAAUAAGACCAAAUAUGCUAUUGGAACUACAGGUAAAACCCGUCGAUGCUCGAGAAAGUGUUCGACCUAUCGGGUAGUUCGACCAAACCAUUAGGUCAGCAUCGUGUAAGUGUAACUCGGGAAUUCGUUUUUGGUUCGAGUGUUGCAGUGUAUUCGACACUUCCGUGUUCUGGCCAAUAAGACUAUUGUAUUUAAACAGAGUAACGGAACAGACAACUGCAAAACGAAAAUGGCAACGUCGCAAAAGGUUCUUGUUGAUGUAAUGUUGGUUUUCUUGAUGACCGCAUUGAUACACGUCACUGACUCUGUACGUACAUGUACAAAUCUGGACAAUUUUCCAUUUCUUCGAAGGAAUACACAGCUCAAUAACACAGGAAUAGAUGUGCUAGAAGGUCUUGGAUUCGUGGAAUGUGCGGCCCAAUGUAAGCUUCGUAAAAAGUGCAGAUCAUUCAGCUUUCAGCAUUCCAGUGGAUAUUGUAAACUUUAUGAAAAUACAAUCGGACAAGCCGGAAACUAUGUUGUCCUAAAGACUGGGACUGAUACCACCAAUAUAGACGACUGGCCUUCUAGAAUAGCUGGCCCUUGUGCAGAUCACUCUUGUUCCAUCAACGAUGUCUGUGAACCGACCAGUCGGAACUCAAAGAAAUGUGUCACGACAUAUUGUUCGUCUCCUCCACUUGUUACAAACGCUACCGCUAAGUUCACGACAAGCCACGAAACGACCAAAGUCGGAAGUCGUCUGUCGUACACGUGUGACGUCAACUUCCACCCAGUGGGUAACAGAACCUGUCUCCCAGACGGAACAUGGUCCAACUUCACAUGUGAACCGGAUCCUGUGUGUCCCGCGUUGUGCGACACAACUCGCAACAAGUGCUACACCGUCUAUUACGAAGAGACAAAGUCGUGGACUGAUGCCCUGGCAACGUGUUCCAACAAUGGAUCUCUGGUGGACAUAAAAACCGAACAGGACUUCAUUUUUAUAAACAAAACAGUGCGUGGCAGGAAGUUCUGGACCGGCCUCAGUGAUCUAGAUAACGAUGGUGUGUGGACUUGGACUGACGGGACUAACAUCACGUAUGACAACUGGUCCGUGGACUCGCCUGUCACUGGGAAGCGCUGUGUGACGUUGGAUGCAACUGGUCGGUAUGAGACAAUCAACUGUGACGAGAAACUCACGUAUAUAUGCCGAGUUUACCCUGAUUGCCCCGCCCCGCCGCCUGUGGCCAACGCUGUCCCCGCAUACACCGUUCAGCCCAACAUUACCGUAGGCGUCGUUCUGCCAUACACGUGUAACAUCUCCUACAAGCCCGACGGCGAGAUGCGGUGUCUGGCAGGAGGGUACUGGUCCAACUUCACAUGUUCAGGUGAAUGCCCUGUCGAAGAUGGGUACGUGCUGCUUGACAAUCCGAAAUUGUGCUUUAAGGCUUUUGCGGACUUUAAAUUUAUGGAAGAUGCACGUAAGAUUUGCCAAGCAUCGGGAGCCAUGUUGAUCGUUUUAGACACGAAUGAGAAAAAUACGGCUGUCAGUGACUAUAUCGUGAAAACACUAGGUUCAAGCAGCUAUUUAAUUGGUUUGACGGACAAACAGACCGAGGGCAUGUAUAUCUGGGAGAACGGAAACCUGGUUACUUUCUCAAAGUGGGCUCCUGAGGAGCCUAGAAAUAAAGCAUACGUAGAUUGCGUUGUGCUAACAUCCAAGUAUUGGUAUAAUGUUAAUUGCUUUGAUAGAAUCAGAUUCGUUUGUGAGAAACAAAUCUGAACAUUGCAGCCACACGUUCGACUAACCUCCGUCUUAAGGAUUUGUUCACAAUUACCAGAAAGUUUGCUUUGUUUAACGACACCGCUAGAGCUCAUUGAUUGAUUAAUCAUCGGCUAUUGGAUGUCAGACAUUUGGUCAUUCUUACACGUAGUCAUCAGAGGAAACCCUAUACGUGUUUUUUUAUUCUAAUGGAGUGAACGAUCUUUUAUGCGCACUUUCUUACAGACAGAGAAGCACAUACCACAGCCUUUGACCAGUUGUGGUGAACGGGGUGGAACGAGAAAAAACCAAUCAACUGAAUGGAUCCACCGAGGUGAUACGAUCCUGCGACACAAACACCUGAAGCGAGCGCUCAACCCACUGAACUACUGUUCAACAUGGAACAGCCGAUGAUUAAUAAAGCAAUGUGCUCUUGAAGUAUCGUUAAACAAAACAAAGUUUAACCUUUCUUAGAGUUUUCUUGUUCUGCUGUUAUUUAUUUAUUUAUUUAUUUAUUUGUUAUAUAUUUAUUUAGUUACUUAGUUAUUUACUUGUUUACUGGUGUAUUUGUUUGUUUAAUUAUUUUUUGUAUUAUAAUUGUAUUAUGUUCUCUUCUUCUCAUAUUCUGCAGCCAGGGCACCACGACUGGUAUAUCAAAGGCCGUGGUAUGUGUUACCCUGUCUAUGGGAUGGUACAUAUAAAAGAUCCCUUGU